GUUUCUGGGCAAAGGGGAAAGGCGGCGAUAAGGUUUAGGGGGCCCUGCCAGAGCACUCACACACCCACGAGCCCCGGCUAGAGUGUUUGCCUCGUUUAUAGGCGUUCGAUUUUCGAUAAGAUAACCACCGGUGUGCGUAGAACUCACCACACAGACACCCAAGAAGCAGUACUUGUCAGAGACCCAUGCCGUCCAGAAGUUGACACCUAGACCCCUUUCGAAAAUCCCCCUCCCAAAAACAUGAGUUUCUCAGGGCCCAAUGACGAACUCGGCGUGAUCGAGCAGCUCAAAAAGUCCGUGGAGGCGAUUGUGGCCAAAACGGGGCCCAGCAGCAAGUUCUCGCAGGAUCUGGUCAAGCGGAUCGGCGAUAUGCAGAGCAAGCUGGAGUCCCUGGCCGAGACGGAUAGGCAUCAGUUUCUGGCCGAGAUGAAGGAGAAGUUCCAGGAGACGAUAGGCAGGAUCGAACAGAGAAUAGUGCAGCAUGCCAACAUAGCCCAGACCUACUCCAGUUCCAUAGUGACGGCAGUGAUUUUUCUCCUGCUCUCUUCGGCUACAAGCUGUACAAAUCCCUGACGGAGAAGGAACUCAAGAAGCAGGAGAAGCUCAAGAGCAAGCAGCAGAAGAAGGCCAAGAAGUCCAACUAGGAUGAGACGAGGAAAUCCCAAAUGUAGUAACUUCCGGCCCUGAAACCUUCCAUCUUGUUAAUCAAUACAAUCGCCCUGUAAAUGACUAAAUUAUGAACCAGUACACGUAAUAAAAUAAACCGUACCCCGUAACUCUUUUAAA